CGCCUCUGUUAAGGUGGCGUUGUGUACUUGAGACUAUGGAAAGAAGUGAACUUUGUGAGACUAUCGCUAAUACUUGCAAGGUUAUUGUUUCGCAAUAUAUUUCCUUCGUAGCUACCUUUCAACUUUCCCUACUCCCCUUCGGAGGCCCUCGAAAACCGACGACUAUAUAUCCCAGCUAUCAAACCACACUGCCAGCACCCGCAUAAUUAUUCGAUUAUACAAAUCCACCAUGGAUUCGGCCACUGCUACAAGCGUGGAAACAGAUACGGGAACAGCUGCGCUUCGACGGGUCGGUGCCGUGAAUGGGACUAAUGGCAAGGCCGCGAACUCGGACGAACAAACCAAUGGGGAGAAAAAGACAUUCACGUUCAAAAAGUAUAGACAUGUUACAGCAGUUCACUCCGAAUCAAGACCUUCCACACUAAGCCAUGAUGCGAGAGCCACUCCUAGUUUCCUGGGGUUUAGGAAUCUCAUGGUUAUCGUGCUAGUCGUUGGGAAUUUGCGAUUGGUAAUAGAGAACAUGCAAAAGUAUGGGAACUUAAUAUGUAUAACUUGCCACGACUUCCGGCGAAAGGAUGUCAUUCUUGGCUUUCUACUAUAUAUACUCGUUCCUUGCCACCUAUUCAUCGCAUAUUCGUUCGAAUGGUACGCCGCCAAGCAAGCGCGAAUCUCGCGCGCUCAAUCGAUUAGCAAAGGAGGAUCAACGAGCCCGACUGAGGACCAGCAAGCCAAAUUUGAAUCUAAAUGGAGGAGUAUUCGAACGGCCCAUCUUUUCAACGCGACUCUGGCUCUAGCUGUUCAUAGCUGGGUCGUCUACUUCCAUAUAUUCCACCCUUUGAUCGGUACUAUAACGGAGCUUCAUGUUAUCAUCGUCUACAUGAAGGUGGUUUCAUAUGCUCUCACAAAUAGGGAUUUGCGACACGCAUAUCUUCAUCCAGUUAAGGGCGAAUUGGCUUUGUUGCCUGAAUUAUAUGCUCAGUGCCCGUAUCCCCAGAAUAUUACUAUGACAAAUCUGAUUUAUUUCUGGUGGGCGCCAACAUUAGUAUACCAGCCAGUAUAUCCUCGGACGGAUAACAUCAGAUGGAUAUUCGUCCUGAAGAGGCUCGGUGAAGUUGUUUGCCUGAGUGUAUUCAUCUGGUUUUGCAGCGCCCAAUACGCAGCGCCGGUCCUAUGGAACUCGCUAGACAAAAUCAAUCACUUGGAUUUAAUUUCCAUUGUCGAGCGGCUCCUAAAGCUUUCUACCAUCUCGCUUAUUAUCUGGUUAGCAGGCUUCUUUGCUCUGUUCCAGUCAGCUCUUAACGCAUUAGCCGAGGUCAUGCGUUUUGGUGACCGCUCCUUCUACGACGACUGGUGGAACUCGGCUGGAUUGGGCGAUUACUGGAGGCUAUGGAACAAACCUGUCUACCAAUUCAUGAAGAGGCAUAUCUUCUCGCCUCUGAUAGGCAGGGGUUGGAAUAUGAGGCUGGCUAGUAUCGCUGUAUUUUUCGUCUCAGCUGUGUUGCACGAGCUGCUUGUUGGGAUACCGACGAAGAAUAUCAUCGGCGUUGCGUUCAUGGGUAUGCUCGUUCAGAUCCCGCUAAUCUGGGUCACUCGGAUAUUCGAGAGAAUGCAGGGGCCUAAUGGUAGACUCAUCGGGAACUGCAUCUUUUGGGUCUCCUUUACGGUCCUUGGCCAACCCUUCGCGGCGUUGGUCUAUUUCUACGCCUGGCAAGCUAAAUACGGUUCCGUCGCUAAGAAGAUGGCGUCGAACCAGCCGUCGGUAGCGCUGGGCUAAGUUUAUAGCUAAAAACGAACAAAGAUACGAAUUAUGCGGACUGGGAAUUGAAAAGAAAAGUAGAAAGGUGUUUCUGAGUCGUUUUCGUUGGUUGCUCUCCUGAACAUCCGAAACGGUGUCUCGGGGGAGCCGGUCUAUAUAAUAUCGAUAAAGUAUAAAUGAGCAUUCUUGAGUGUAAACGUUUAAUCGAGCACUCUAAUAAUAAUAAUUAUGUUUCUCUGAUCGAUCGUAUAACAUGUCUGCCAUUAAG